GUUUGUUUUGACUUUCCAGUUUGAACCAUGGAGACUGGCUCGGUAGUUCGAGCCAUCUUUGACUUCUGCCCUAGCGUAUCAGAAGAGCUGCCCCUCUUUGUGGGAGAUGUCAUCGAGGUGCUGGCAGUGGUGGAUGAAUUUUGGCUUCUAGGAAAGAAGGAGGAUGUUACAGGACAAUUCCCCAGCAGUUUUGUGGAAAUUGUGACCAUCCCCAGUCUAAAAGAGGGAGAGAGGCUGUUUGUCUGCAUCUGUGAAUUUACAUCCCAAGAAUUCAAUAGCCUUCCCCUCCAUCGAGGUGACCUGGUGAUUCUUGAUGGCACUUCCACUGGAGGCUGGCUGCAGGGCAGAAGCUGCUGGGGUGCCCGGGGCUUCUUCCCAUCUUCGUGUGUCCGGGAGCUCUGCCUCUCAUCUCAAAGCCGGCAGUGGCACUCACAGAGUACACAGCUUCAGAUUCCUGAAUAUUCCAUGGGUCAAGCACGUGCCCUGAUGGGGCUUUCUGCCCAGCUGGAUGAGGAGCUAGACUUCAGGGAAGGGGAUGUGAUUACCAUUAUUGGAGUUCCUGAGCCAGGCUGGUUUGAGGGGGAGUUAGAGGGUCGAAGAGGCAUUUUUCCAGAAGGUUUUGUAGAACUUUUGGGGCCUUUGAGGACUGUGGAUGAGUUGAUAAGUGCUGGAAAUGGAGAAGACUGCAUUGCUAAUGGUGAGGUAGAUAUUCCUCUUGGAGAAGAAGAAAGAGGGCCAGAUGAGGAGGACGAGCAAUCAGGGGCCUAUGGAAUUGCCCUCUACAGAUUCCAAGCCCUGGAGCCGAAUGAGUUAGAUUUCGAAGUAGGGGAUAAAAUUAGAAUCCUGGCAACCUUGGAAGAUGGCUGGCUAGAAGGAUGGCUCAAGGGAAGAACAGGCAUCUUUCCUCACAGAUUUGUAAAGUUAUGUCCUAACACCAGAGUAGAAGAAACCAUGGCCCCACCCCAGGAAGGCAGCCUCACCAAGACCCCAGAAAGCUCUUUGGAUGAUUUGGAGAACACGGUAGUAAUGGAGGAACCAAGAUAUGAAUCUCUUGAGUACACAGCAGAGAUGCCCAACUAUGUGCUUUCUGAAACUUCUACUUCUCCCCUAGAUCACCUGACUCCUGAAUGUGAUGUAAAUAAAAACUCUGAUCCAGGUGAAGUCUUCUCAGAAGGGUCCCCCAGAAGCCCAGGUGCGGAGCACAUAGAGCCUGUUGCGAAAGACCCUUCUGUGACUGAACCUUUUGAGGUGGUCAAUGGUAUUUACUCCCAACCUCAGGUAUCUUUUCAUUGCCAAUUGCAGAAAAACCAGUAUUAUUCUACUGUAGGAGGGAGCUACCAAAGUGCAGAACAGUUCUCUGGCCACUUUCCUCUAGAAGCCAGGACUAGAGACUAUUCCAGCCUACCUCCCAAAGGAACGUAUGCCCAGCAGAGAUUUCUUCAGAAGCCAGAGCCUCCCCUUCACAGGGGCUCUUCCCUUGCAUCCUCAAGGGUAGCCAAACCCAGCCAAUUGAGCCUUCAGCUCCAGGGUAUGACAAGAUGUGUUAAAAAGCACCUAGCCUCCAAAGAAAAUGCCUCCAGCUUCUGCUCCUCAUCAGAGAGAUCAGAGAGGAAGCCUAGUCCAAAAGGCCAGGGAUCCACUGUGGAAGUAACAGCACUUCCACAGGGAGAUGGAAGCAUUGACCUGGACUCUAAGUUGACACAACAGCUGAUAGAGUUUGAGAAGAGCCUGUCAGGGCCUAGUACAGAGAUAGACAAAAUUUCACGCCACUUUUCAAUCACAGACUUUAACUCUGAGAAGGAUAUUGUCCGAGGUUCCUCAAAGUUAAUUCCCCCACAGAUGCUACCUGAGAGAAGAAAAGCCCUAAGGCCACCACCACCUCGACCCUGCACUCCAUCAUCCACUUCUUCCCACUUGCUGGUUGACCAUAGCCCAAAACCUGCACCCCCCUUGGCUGUGAGGCCCUCUCGCCCAGCUCCCUUGCCUCCCUAUGCACAGCAGAGGAUGAAUGCAGCCUCUCCCAAGCCCCUUUCCUGUCACCAUCCUAGCUGGGACACUCUAGAGAAGGAAGACCCUGAGCAUAUGGAAAAGAGUCUAGACCAGACAUCCCUGUGCCCCUUGGUACUAGUGAGGAUCCAGGAAAUGGAACAGGACUUGGACAUGUACACCAGGGCUCAGGAGGAGCUGAACUUGAUGCUGGACGAGAAGCAGGAUGAAUCCUUAAGGGCGGAGACCCUUGAGAAUCUAGAGUUCUAUGAGAAUAACAUUGAAAGUUUGAAUCUGGAAAUCCAGCAACUGAAAGGUAUAGAUGGACACAACACAAUGCCUUUAUUUUUAUGUGGUGCUGAGGAUGGAACCCGGGUCCUGCCCAUGCUAGAAAUGACACUCCUCUCCUCUCAGUCUUCUUCUCUGGUGGCUCCUUCUGGAUCUGUGUCCACUGAAAACCCAGAGCAGAGGAUGUUGGAGAAGAGAGCCAAGGUGGUGGAAGAACUUCUUCAGACAGAAAGAGACUAUAUUCGGGACCUGGAAAUGUGCAUUGAGCGGAUUAUGAUUCCCCUGCAGCAGGCACAGGUACCAAACAUCGAUUUUGAAGGGCUUUUUGGAAAUAUGCCAAUGGUGAUUAAGGUCUCAAAACAAUUAUUGGCUGCCCUGGAAAUCAGCAAUGCUGUAGGACCUGUGUUUCUUGACCACCGGGAUGAACUUGAGGGAACAUACAAGGUCUACUGCCAGAAUCAUGAUGAGGCCAUUUCAUUGCUGGAAAUCUAUGAGAAGGAUGAGAAGAUCCAGAAGCAUCUUCAGAACUCCUUGGCAGAUCUCAAGACCCUGUACAGUGAAUGGGGAUGCACCAAUUAUAUUAACCUGGGCUCCUUCCUCAUCAAACCAGUACAGAGAGUGAUGCGCUACCCGCUGCUGCUAAUAGAGCUGCUGAAUUCCACUCCAGAAUCCCACCCAGAUAAAGUGCCUUUAACCAGUGCAGUCCUUGCUGUCAAAGAAAUCAACGUUAACAUUAAUGAAUAUAAACGUCGAAAGGACCUGGUGCUCAAGUAUCGGAAGGGUGAUGAAGAUAGCCUCAUGGAGAAAAUUUCCAAGCUGAACAUCCACUCCAUUAUCAAGAAAUCCAACCGAGUCAGCAGUCACCUGAAGCACCUCACUGGCUUUGCUCCCCAGAUAAAAGAUGAAGUAUUUGAAGAAACAGAAAAGAAUUUCCGAAUGCAAGAAAGAUUGAUUAAAUCUUUUAUUCGAGACCUCUCCCUCUACCUCCAGCAUAUCCGGGAAUCAGCUUGUGUGAAAGUGGUGGCUGCCGUGAGCAUGUGGGACCUGUGCAUGGAGAGGGGACACCGCGACCUGGAGCAGUUUGAGAAGGUGCAUCGCUACAUCAGUGAUCAGCUCUUUACGAAUUUUAAGGAGAGGACAGAGCGGCUUGUCAUCUCUCCCUUGAAUCAGUUACUGAGCAUGUUUACAGGGCCCCACAAGUUGGUACAGAAGCGCUUUGACAAGCUUCUGGACUUCUACAACUGCACAGAACGGGCAGAGAAGUUAAAGGACAAGAAGACCCUGGAGGAGCUCCAGUCUGCCCGGAACAACUACGAGGCCCUGAAUGCACAGCUGCUGGAUGAGCUGCCCAAGUUCCAGCAGUAUGCCCAGGGCCUCUUCACCAACUGCAUCCACGGCUACGCCGAAGCCCACUGCGACUUUGUGCAGCAGGCGCUGGAACAGUUGCAGCCACUCCUUUCAUUACUCAAAGUUGCCGGCAGAGAGGGGAACCUGAUCGCCAUCUUCCAUGAGGAGCACAGCAGGGUUAUGCAGCAACUCCAGGUCUUCACCUUCUUCCCAGAGUCUCUCCCAGUUACCAAAAAGCCUUUUGAGAGGAAAACAACAGACCGCCAGUCAGCUCGAAAGCCCCUCCUGGGCCUGCCAAGUUACAUGCUACAAUCAGAAGAACUCAAAGCCUCCCUGCUGGCAAGGUAUCCCCCUGAGAAGCUCUUCCAGGCAGAACGGAACUUCAAUGCUGCUCAGGACUUGGAUGUCUCACUUUUGGAAGGUGACCUGGUGGGUGUGAUCAAAAAGAAAGACCCCAUGGGCAGUCAGAACCGCUGGCUGAUUGACAAUGGAGUCACCAAAGGCUUUGUGUACAGCUCCUUCUUGAGGCCGUAUAAUGCUCGACGCUCAGAUGCCUCUGUGGGCAGCCACUCCUCCACUGAGUCAGAGCAUAGUGGCUCCUCCCCCAGAUUCCCACGACAGAACAGCAACAGCACCUUAACCUUCAACCCCAGCAGCAUGGCCGUGUCCUUUACAUCUGGGCCUUGCCCAAAGCAGCCUCAAGAUGCAUCUUUAUUGAAGGAGUAUGACCAAGGAAUUCUCAGUGCAUCCUUGAACCUGAGGAGUCCAGAGAGUGGCCUUUCCAGGUGCCCUUCAGAUCCAGACCCCGACCCCACCUGCCAGCCCAGGCCAGGGGACUCUGUCGAUGCGGCCAGAGAUAUAAACCAACCUGCUGCCGCCCUGAGGAGCUGCUGCCGAAGCUCAAGGCAUCCAGAGGUGGUUGGUUCCUCUGUACCCGGACGAAAUGGGCAAGGUAGAGACCUUGUAAAAGGAUGUACACGAGCAGCCCAGGCUCUGGAAGAUAGAAAUGAAGAGCCGGAGAGCAGUGAGGCAAAGGGCAACCAGGUCUAUUUUGCUGUUUACACCUUCAAGGCACGAAACCCAAAUGAAUUGAGUGUGUCAGCCAAUCAGAGACUCAGAAUCCUGGAGUUCAAAGAUGUCACAGGCAAUACAGAGUGGUGGUUAGCUGAAAUUAACGGGAAGAAAGGCUAUGUCCCAUCCAACUAUAUCCGCAAAGCCGAGUACACCUGAGCCUGGUGUGCCUGCCGCUCAACCCUGCUGCCUUGGCUUUCAGUCUGCUGAAAGGUUCUGGUGGGCCGCCAAAAGGCACCUGCGCCCAAGACCCAGGCCCUGCCACAUUGCUUAACCGUGUCAUGGUAGGGCACAAGACAAGUCUUGUUCUCCUUGAUUGGGUUGUAAACCUUGAUGCUCACUAGAAUUUCUAGAAUUUGAAAUGGACCCUGGGGCUUGCCAGUGAUUCAGUGACCAUGAGAAGAGAGGCAAGUGCAGGGGUCGGCCUUUGGAAGUGAGAAAUUUCCGGUCAGAAGACCAGUGUUCUGUAUAUGCAGGAAGCUGUGCUGGCAUCGGUUGUAACCCACUGAGUCUGGGGUGGCCCCGUGCUCCACGAUCACCUGACCUGAAGCUGUGACUUGGAUGAAGUAAAGCCAGGCUCGGGGAGCCCCUUUAGGUUGGGAUUCUGCUGGUGGCAAGGAGCUUGUCAGGAUUGCACAGAGCCUGGUGUUCUUCUGAGAGACCUCCAGUGUCUAGCACACAUUUUCUCUGUCUCUCUUCAUACACAAAUACCCCCGAUUUACUAAGCCGCUAAAACUAUUUCACUGUGUUCCGAGAUUGGUUAUACAAAAUUGGUUAUACAAAACUCAACCGCUUUCUUCUACCAAGAAGUGUUUAAGGUCUUCAUUUUCCUUUCAUCUGAAAGUUCCUCCCUUGCUAGAUGCAUCUGUGUGCCGUCUUGUGGCCACCUCUCCCUGUACUGAGUAACCGAUAGAAUUCUCUAGAAUAACGGGGUCAGAGCUCCAGUCAUCCAUUAAAAGUAUUGGUUCUAUAUUAAUCUCAAACCAGUCAGCCUGGUGGAAGAUUAGGUGCCUUUUUCCUUCAAAAUACACUACCACCAUUUGGUUAUAUCUGCAGGUACAGAAGACAGCCCAUGGGACUUAGGAGUCAGGAUACACGGUCCCAGAAGUAGCUCAUCCUAGAUUAGUUUCACCACUAACCUCCAUGCUUCAGAGACAAUACUGAAAGCCAAACAGAUUCCAAAGUGCCUCUCAAGACCCCCCGCCCAUCCAGUCACAGGAAGAUUCUUGCUAAUCUCUUACCCUAAGAAUCUGUCCCUAAAAAUCCUGUUUUAGCAGAGCUCCUGUACUUGAGAUCUUCCCUAGAUAUGAAGCCUAGCUUGGAAUUUGAAACUGAAAUUUGUUUAAGAAAAGGAAUUAAAAACAGCCUUACAGCCACUACUCCUCCAACCCCACAUUUGGCCUUAAAAUCCUGGUGAAUCAGGAGACCCCCAUAGACUCCUUGGCCACAGCAUCUGCUGGUGUCGGGCAGUAAUGCAAGGUCUCCUGUGAAAAGUGUUUAUAUUUGGAGAUGUCUAUAUUUAAGUAGUUAUUUUCUAAAUAAAAGCUUUUCUAAUGGC